AUGGUCAACAUUCAGGAUCUCCCAGUGGAGCUUCUGAGCCGCAUCAUCUUCUUUGUUGCCCCUCUAAGGGGUCCUCUCCCGCCGGACUUUUUCAAAAUACCCGCUCAGAAGCAUGAUAAUGAUGCCAAUGCCAAUGCCAAUGGAGAUGAUGUCAGUAAACUCAACAAAGACACGGACGGUAUCAAUAACAAGAAUGAGAAGGGUCCGCUCGGCGUAGGGUUUAGUACCCACUACAGGGAUCUGCGGAACCUCUGUCUAGUCUCUCGCCGGUUUCGAGAUGUGGCCCAACCUUCCCUGUUCUAUAAUUUUGAGGAACAGGGACUACGUGGCUACCUUAACGAGACCAUAUGUUUCGCUCGAGCUCUAUAUCUCCGCCCGGAGCUUGGAGAGCACGUCCGCGAGCUUGACGUCAUGUAUCCCCUGGACGAGGAGCGACCCAUACCCCCUUCUGAGAAGGACUCUGCGCUCCUCAUAAACGCAAUCAAGGAGCUUCAAUUGGGUGAUAAGGAGGAAGCCUGGCUCUCCGGGUUCAAGGAGCUCGAUCUCAGCGUCCUUACAGCGCUUCUGGUCAACAGGUGUCCCUAUGUCCGUGGAAUGUUCAUUCCGGCAGCCUACGUUAACAUGGGACCGCUUGAUGAUCUCUUCGACCGCAAUCCAUCAUUGCUAUCCGAGCUUCAAUCGGUCACGUUUGAAGGCGAAGACACUUUCCUCGGUGUUAGCAUUGCACCUUACCAGAGACUCUUCACACUCCCCAAUCUCAAAGAGGUCAUCCUUGAAUACUCCGCUCUUGAUGACGCCGCCUUCCCAAACGCCUGGACACCUGGUACAGUCACGGCGGAGAAAAUAAGCUUCCGCCGGAGCCAUUUAGAUGCCGGUAGCUUGAAAAAAUUCAUGCAAGCCUGUAAAAAACUCAUAUCCUUCUCAUACAAGAACUUCCAUGUCGAUGACGAAGAAGAUGACGCAUACGCGUUUAUUAAGCCCGAGUUCAACGCUCCGCAGCUCUACGACGCCAUCCUUCCGCACAAGGAUACCCUUCAGAAUCUUUCGCUGACAUUCGCCUAUGAUCCCUGGGACCUGGAGAAUCUCGAAGAACAUCUUUCUCGCCGCGGCAAGCUUGGCUCAUUCCGUGACUUUUCCGCGCUAGAAACCGUCUACAUUGCGCAUGCUCUAUUGCCAGCGCAUCCCGAAUUCCCACCUUCUCUCAAAAAGCUGCACGUCGCAGAUUGCGAGUCGUCCAUCCGCGACAUGGUUGGCCGUAUUGCACAGGACUGUAAAAAGGGCCUGUAUCCGAAUUUGACCGAGUUCAAGGUCCUCGCCCCAGACAUUACCCAGCCUGUCAAACUUCCCGGCCAAAUUGUUCCGGAAGGCAAGACACCCGAGGAAUGCUUCAUCAGCCUAAGGGAUCUAUUCAAGGAGACCAAAGUAGACUUCCUGAUCGUGCCGUUCCAAAUGUGGGACUUGAGAAAUCUCAUGGACUACGAUGACUAUGAGGACGAGGACAUAGACUUUGAGGACGAUUUAGACUUGCACGAAUUCGGGCAUCAAUUUGCGGCAGGGUAUGGGCCGCCACCGGCACAUAUUCUUGAUACUUUGGCACGGGCUUUGGGGCAUCCUGCGCCUGGGUAUGAGAGUGAUCGGUCUUGGGUGACGGAGGAGGAGGAGGAGGAGGAGGAUGAUAACUAG